CAAGUCCGAACUCUCAAGUUCUGUCAAUACGUUCGGGUUGAUGUUCAACUGUUCGUCAUCGUCUGCGCGAAGCCAGGCCGCGGAUUAGAUUCAGCUGCUCAACCUCAUCAUUGUGCACUGCGUCCACCGGCCGCAUUUGUGAGAUGGGGGCUCUUAAUCUGACGUUAUCUUUCCCUACGUUCUUGGUUUCAUCCAUCUGGAGCUCCGGAUGGAGGGAUCCCAUGGCUUUCAAGACUCUUGUGCGUGCUUUGGCCCCUGCUCUUGUUCUGAGUCCCUAUGGAACCUUGGCUUUGCCUUCACAGACACAGCGUUCCCUUAGAAGAUUAAAGUGUAGGACAUUCUGUACAAAUUCAAGCUCUAUAGCUGUUGCUGCUCCAGGUGAUUGCUACCCUGAAUAUGAUCGUUUACUACCAUGCCCAUCACAUAAUAGACCACCAAGGGUGGAACACCUAGUUGUUCUAGAAGGAGGACCUGUUCUUGAUUUUAUAUGCAAAGCUUUGAAUCUGCCUCCCUUGUAUGUUGCAGAUCUCAUCCAUUUUGGAGCAGUCUAUUAUGCUUUGGUAUGUCCUGAACCUCCUCCAACUGCCACUCCCGAACAAGUCCGGUUGUUCAAGGAAGUUACUGCUCCUUCAGUUCUUAAGAAACGAUCAUCCAUCAAGGGGAAGACUGUACGAGAAGCACAAAAGACAUUCAGAAUAGCUCACGUUGAUCAGUUUGUAGAAUCCGGAACCUACUUACGUGUACAUGUACACCCUAAACGUUUCCCGAGGUGUUAUGAAAUUGAUUGGAAAUCAAGGAUUAUUGCAGUGACCGAGUCAUUUGUUGUUCUUGACAAACCUGCUGGUACUUCCGUUGGUGGAACAACAGACAACGUAGAAGAAAGCUGUGCAACAUUCGCCUCACGUGCUCUGGGCUUGCCCAUUACUUUGAAGACCACCCAUCAGAUUGACAAUUGCACUGAAGGCUGUGUUAUUCUGGCAAAAACAAAGGAGUAUUGCUCUAUUUUUCAUGGAAAGAUUCGGGGAAAACAAGUUAAGAAGCUCUAUCUUGCGCUUGCUGCUGCUCCUGUUCCUGUGGGAAUAAUAUCUCAUUAUAUGCGUCCAGUCAAUAUAGCCCCACGAAUUGUUUCAACAGGUUUUGUUAAAGGAUGGCAUUUAUGUCAACUUGAGGUACUUGAAUGCUGCGAGGUGCCAUGGCCGAAUGCUACCAUUUCAGCACAAUAUUGCAUUCAGGAUUGUGGGUGGCCAUCAAAAGGCACUGCUUAUGAAUGCAAAAUCAAUCUCUUAACUGGCAAAACUCACCAGAUUAGAGCUCAACUUGCUGCAUGUGGUGCUCCUAUAGUUGGUGAUUCCAUGUACAUGCCUGCUGUGGUGAAGCAGAUGAAAGAUCCACUAGUCAACCCAUUUUGUGAAAGAGACAUAGAGGACAUGAGUCUGGAAGAUAGAGAAAAGGCUAUCACUGAAUGGAUUUCUCAGUAUGGAAAAGAGCCAAGUGUGGCAAUUGGUCUACAAGCUUGUCAGAUUUCUUGGGAUGAAGGUGACCAUUUUUACACUGCAGGAGCACCUUGGUGGAGAUGACUGAAAUUUGGGUAUUCGUUCUUCAUCAUCAACGACGAUGUCUCUACUCUCUACUACAGCCCACACAGGGCCUGCUAGGAGAUGUCUACAAUCGUCUGUUGCAAAUGAAAAUAUGUGGUUUCUAUAUUUGUUGUUUAGCAUGGAAUUUGGAAGAAGCCAGAUAACUUUCAUUUGAAGCAAGCAACAGUUCGCAGUAUGUGGAAGUGAAAGCAGCCUACAAUUGAAUGGCAACAUUCCAGUACUACUCGACAAGUUUUGUAACAUUCUCCAAGCAAGCUUUUGGGUGUAUUCUUGUCCUGCGUUUAAAUAUGCUCGGAAAGCGAAGUUCAGAAGUGCCGAGCAAUAAAUUUUUGAACUGAUUAAGUGAAGGAUGCCUAGAAAGACAACAAAAAGGAAAUAAGUUUCCUAGCAAGAAUAACGGCGCCAAUUUCAAUGCCUGCUGCAGGAGAGAUGCCCAGCAUUUGCCCCUUCUCUCUCUCUCUCUCGCUCACUCACACACACACGUCCUAUUCCAUUGUAUUUCUUUCAGUGACUUCUAGCCAUAUCAAAUCAUCCUGAUAUAUUAUUCA